GUGGUUCUCAUGCACACUGCAGGAACAGACCUUCCUGUACUGGGGUGGUAACUGGACGUAGAAGUAUUGAGGGGACUGGAGUAAACAGGAUGUACAGGGUCUAAAGAGACUUGAACUAGCUGGGAGCCACAAGUCAUCAUGGUUAUCUUGCUGGUCCCCACACUGAAGAUUGUCCUCCUCUUAGCUGCUGUGUGGAGUGUGUGUACAGCAGAGUUGAUCACAGUGGAAGGAUAUGAGGGGGGCAAAGCAGAGAUCAGAUGCCCCUAUAGAGAGGAGUGGAGGAGCCACCAUAAGUACCUCUGUAAAGGGGAUUGUUCUCUUUAUUAUAAAGACAAAGUUAUUAAGACUGAGGCGGGGGUAAACAGCACUUCUAGAGGGAGAUACUCUCUGAAGGACAUCAGAGAGGAAAGUGUCUUCCUUGUAACCAUCACUGACUUGACAUUAGAUGAUGCUGGGAGAUACUGGUGUGGAGAGGAAACAGCCAAAUGGAAACCAGAUCACUACGUUGAAAUCAACCUUAUUGUCUCUGAAGUUUCACCAGCUCUAUCAUCACCAUCACCCAUAUCCAUGUCUUCACCAUCACCCAUAUCCAUGUCUUCACCAUCACCCAUAUCCAUGUCUUCACCAUCACCCUCAUCCAUGUCUUCACCAUCACCCUCAUCCAUGUCUUCACCAUCACCCUCAUCACACAACAGAUCUGUGGUCAUCAUAGUAUCUGGGAUUCUGGUCAUGCUGCUAUUGGUGCUUGUGGUCAGCCUGCUCAUAGUCUAUAGAUGGAAACUCAACCAGGAAACAGCUGAGUCCUCAGCACCCAGGGUGAACACAGACACUAGGAUCAACAGAGAGUGUUGUCAUGGUGAUCGUGACUAUGAGGAGAUAAAGGACCGCCCGCUACUGUCCAGCUCAGGUGGUGAGACCACCACCAUCUACUCCACCGCCAAUUUACCCACAAGCCCUUCUGACUCUCUCAACUACGCCAGCGUCAACUUCCACAAGAACCCCAGCUGCCCCAAUGAAGCCACUGCCGCCAUCACUAAAGAGGGCACUUCUGGUGACUAUGCCACUGUCAACGUCAGUCAAAACCCUGCCUACUCUACUGUCAAUCAUCCACACAGCUCCUCUGAGGCUCCUCCCAUCUACUCCACAUUGAGCAUAACCAGAGACACCUGAGUCACUGACAACCAAUCACGAGGGACAUACACACAUUGGCAACCAAUCAUAAGUGACAUAUUAUUAUAAUAGUUAUAACUAUAUGUUCCACCGACAGCCUCUGUUUUUAGAAAACAGCUGCAUGAUCAGGGCCUGAGUUCCUGAUAGCGAUGGAACUUAGGCUUACGAGUGUUUUAACGAUGUGUGGUUCCUACAACAGCCGAAGAUGUAACCUGCGUUUCCCACGCAGCUAGAACGUUCGCUAAGUGAUUAAUUGGACCAUAUGUUGAUACUGAUAGGAUGGAAAGAAAGGCAGUGUCACUUCCUCCAUUCAAAUCUUAUCUUGGCAUUAGAAUUAUUGCACAAUAUUGACGACUGUUCAGCUCCUAGAGAGAUAUACUGAACAAAGAAAUAAACGCAACAUGCAACAAUUUCAAAGAUUUUACUGAGUUACAGUUCAUUUACAGAAAUAAGCCAAUUGAAAGAAACGCAUUAGGCCCUAAUCUAUAGAUUUCACAUGACUGGGCUGCGGCGCAGCCAUGGGUGGGCCUGGGAGGGCAUAGGCCCACCCACUUGGGAGCCAGGUCCACCCAGUGCGGAGCCACGCCCAGCCAAUCAGAAUGAGUUUCUCCACAAAAGGGUUUAUUACAGACAGAAAUACUCCUCAGGGAUGUGAUCAAACUUGCGCACAAAAUAUGAGAGAAAUAAGCUUUUUGUACAUAUGUGUCACGCUUGUCGUCGGUUAAAGAGGACCAAAACGCAGCAGGUAUGUGAAUGCUCAUCUCGACGUUUUAAUGAAUACAAAAUGAACACCAAAAUAACAAACAGAAAUAACGAUUGACUGACAGUCUGCAAGGCACAAGGCUAACACAGAACAAUCACCCACCAAUAACAAACACAAACACACCC